CACCAACACUUAGAAGUCCUUCAGGUUAGUAAAAUGUCGCGUGCUUGAAUCGCAGUCUAUGCUGCAUUUAAUCACUUUAAUUUCGGUUCCUUUUGUGUCUUGAAACUCAAUUCUUCCUGCUGCGUCGUUUCCGAACUGGAAAAUACAGUUUCUUCAAAAAAGUGGUGGAAAAUUUGGUAGCUCGUCGCUCUCGAUAAAUCUCAUAUCAGCUUGUGUGGAAGGGGAUAUCGACGAGGUAGGAAGCCUGUUGGAAUAUGGAAAAAUUGAUAUAAACUCAGGUGAUUAUGACUGUCGAACACCGCUCCACAUUGCUGCUUCGGAAGGACAGGCAGAGAUUGUGGAGUUGCUAUGCGAGAAAGAUGCCGAUGUAAAUGCAAAGGAUAGAUGGGGUGCCCGGCCUCUUGACGCGGCUGUCUUUGCAAAUAAUGCGAAGUGCAUCAGCAUGAUCGAAAAAUAUGGUGGGACAAGAGGAUCAUCGGCGACUUGUUCCUUCGGUCACGACGCAAUUCUUGAUUUGAUACAUACGUACGGAAAAAUCAGAGAUGGAGUGUUAUCUAUGGAUUGGCACGAUGUGCAGGAUAUGCUGACCGGGAUUGGAGAAAAGCCGACCGACGAAGUCGUUCAGAAACUUUUUGAGGUCGCGGACAAAGACAAGAAAGGAAUCAUCACAACCGAAGAAUUUCUUGCGAACCACGAGACAUUUUUGAGUGGACGCCCUGCUAGAAUCAUCCUCGUGGUUGGUGGUCCAGGUUCCGGCAAAGGAUUGUUGAGCGAACGAUUGGCAAACGAAUGCGGCGUCGUGCACUUGUCAUCUGGUGACUUACUGCGAGAUGAAAUUAGCCAAGGAACUGGUAGGUAACAUUGUUGGAGCAGUGACUCUGCCCAUUGAAACGACCAAAAAUCAUGACGCCCAAUUCCUUUCUCUUACCAUUUUGUCAAUGUUGUAGAAUUAGGGAAGCAUGUGGAAAAAAUUGUCCAGAAAGGAGAACUAGUAAGUUCUGCUAUUAUGGUAACACUGAUGCAAAAGCGAAUGAAAGACCACCCUGGCAAGAGAAUCCUAUUGGACGGUUUUCCUCGAUCGCAAGAAAAUGCGAAAGACCUCGUAACACUAUGUGGCAAGCCAGAGCUCGCGCUGCAUUUGACAUGCGACGAUACGGUUCUGUUGGAACGGAUCAUGAAGAGAGGCGAAUCUGGUGACCGAUCGGACGACAAUUUCCAAACCGCGAUCCAGCGCAUUAGAACCUAUCACAAAUACCACAACUUGACGAUCGAUUUUUUGAGGGAAGAGAAUGUCCCUAUUGUUUUUCUUGAUUGUUCUAAAAGUCCGGGUGUUGUGUGGGACCAGUUGCGAUCGAUUGGACGGCUAAUGCGGUCUUCGGUUCGCUUUUAGAAGAAGGUAAAUUGAGUUAGGUACUACGUUUUGUUAGUCCUUUGCUCCCAUUAUCUGACGGCGCGAUGAAACAACAAGAAGUUUCGUCCAGCACUCAACAAGUCGUUCGUUAGUUGUACCGACUAGUUUCAGAUAUUUAUCCGCCUUCCAUAUUCAUCACCAUCUCAGAACAAAAGAUUUAAUUGCUUUUCACUUUUUUAGGUAUGAAAUCAUUUUCCGCAUAGUUGCAUAUCGCUAGAAUUAUCUUUUGAAAUGUGAUGUCCAUAGUAAUAGUAACCAUGUACUGUAAUAUUUUUUCAUUAUUCGACUUCAUGGAUUGAUCUUGAGAUUUCGACAGGUGCCUAAACGGCCCAAACAUAGGUUUAGUAUCUAUGAUCGAUAUCACCACAAAGGUCCGCAAGACGCAAAACGCAAGCACAAUGUCCACGACUGACACAAACACGAUUGAUUUUUCAGGAAUCAAACUACGAGUACCGUACUGUACCGUACGUACGUACUGUUGAUUGUUUAACUUACGAGCACUUCAAGGAUUGAUGGUUUUGAGAGAUGCAAUAUGAAAAUAGGAGAUAAGUUAUUGAAGCGUGAAGUGUUCGUAUCACUACUCAUAGCCCAUGAUUUGUUUCCUCCACCAGAAGAGUAGAUGCCUUUCUCCCAAUAGAACAAAAGGUUCAAC